AUGAAGGCCCCAAUACGGCAUGAGGCUGUGAGGGGCUGCGUGGGCCGGCCCUGCUGCCACAGUCCUGAGGCAACACCAGGCAGCCCCUCUCCGCUGCCAUCCCCGGGGCUGCCCCACGCGGGGGCGGUGAGCAUCGGGGAGCACAACGUGCAGGAGCUGAUCGUGGCCGCCGACAUGCUGCAGCUGGGCGAGGUGGUGGAGCUCUGCUGCGAGUUCCUGAAGGGGCAGAUCGACCCGCUGAACUGCAUCGGCCUCUUCCAGUUCUCCGAGCAGAUCGCCUGUCACGACUUGACGGAGUUCGCCGAGAGCUACAUCCACGGGCACUUCCUGGAGGUGCAGAGCGGGGAGGAGUUCCUGGCGCUGACCAAGGAGCAGCUGGUUAAGAUCUUGCGGAGUGAGGACCUGAGCAUCGAGGACGAGUACCAGGUUUUCACAGCGGCGAUGCAAUGGAUUUUGAAGGAUGUGGGGAAAAGGAAGAAAUACGUCGUGGAAGUACUGGAGCCUGUGCGAUUCCCUCUGCUGCCAGCACAGAGGCUGCUAAAAUACAUAGAGAGUAUUCCAGAUUUCAGCCUUCGGGUGGCCCUGCAAACUCUGUUGAAAGAAUAUUGUGAAGUCUCUAAAUCUCCCAAAGAGAACAAGGUCAGCAGUUUUCUGCAAGCUUCUAAAGGUCGUCCCCGGAGGAAAGCCAGGAAGUACCUUUAUGCAGUAGGUGGGUACACCCGACUGCAAGGAGGACGCUGGAGUGACAGCAGAGCCCUCAGCUGUGUGGAGCGAUUUGACACCUUCAGCCACUACUGGACCACAGUGUCCUCCCUCCACCAAGCUCGAAGUGGGCUGGGGGUGGCUGUGGUGGGAGGAAUGAUCUAUGCCAUUGGAGGUGAGGACAACUCGAUGAUUUUUGACUGCACAGAAUGUUAUGAUCCUGUCACUAAGCAGUGGACCACUGUGGCUUCCAUGAACCAUCCCCGUUGUGGACUGGGAGUGUGCACAUGCUAUGGUGCUAUCUAUGCCUUGGGAGGUUGGGUUGGAGCAGAGAUUGGCAACACAAUUGAAAGAUUUGAUCCUGAAGAAAACAGUUGGGAUGUGGUAGGAAGCAUGCCUGUGCCCCGUCACUGCUUUGGGUGCUGUGAAAUGCAAGGUUUAAUUUAUGUUGUUGGUGGUAUCAGUACUGAAGGAGUAGAGCUCCGUUCUGUCGAAGUCUACGACCCAAUAUCUAAACGCUGGUCUGAGCUUGCUCCAAUGGGCACCCGAAGAGCCUAUCUGGGUGUGGCUGCUCUCAACGAUUGCAUCUAUGCUGUUGGAGGCUGGAAUGAAUCUCAGGAUGCACUUGCUACUGUAGAAAGAUACUCCUUCGAAGAGGAAAAGUGGGUUGAAGUUGCACCAAUGAAGAUACCAAGAGCUGGUGUCUGUGUUGUGGCUGUGAAUGGAUUUCUUUAUGCCUCAGGAGGCCGAGCUCCCAGUCAUGAUUUUGCUGCUCCAGUAACCUCUGACUCUGUUGAAGUUUAUAACCCUCAUAUGGACAGUUGGACUGAAAUUGCCAACAUGAUUACCAGCCGCUGUGAAGGAGGUGUAGCUGUGCUGUAAAACAAAGAAGAAAACUUAUACAAGGAAUGAGUAAAUCUGUCUUCUCAGAUUUCCGGGUUCAUUCAACAGAAACCUCUUCUAAUACAGGAGCUUUAGUAGAGACAGUGGGAAUUAGAUCAGAGGGCUCUUCCUGAGCAAAAGUGUUGAAGCUCUUGCCCUUCAAAGUAAAUGGGCUUAUCCAAUGUCUGUCUUGGGGGAGUAUUCGGAAUGCCUCAUAAGACUG